UGUGCACGUUGACGAACUCUCGUGUUUUCUCGCGAGAUCCAACGAGUGAGACUUUCUUCUCGUCCAGCAUGGCGGCGCUGUAUGAGGGCUACACGUUGUGCGGACUCGUUCCAGCUUUAAAUCAGUCACAUUCAGGAAUUCAAGGAGUGGAAGAGGAGAGAGACAGUGACCAUGUCGUCGUCACAGACUCGACCAGAUGUGUGACCUUGUAUAAGGUUUCGGACCAGAAGCCUCUGAGCAGCUGGGCAGUGAAACAGGGACAGACUCUGACCUGUCCAACAGUCUACAACUCACAGACCAAAGAGUAUGUGGCAGUGUCAGACAGCAAGGUGAUCAGAAUUUGGAAGGAAGAAGACAUACUGUUGGAUAAGACCUUCAAAGCUACUGUGUCCUCAGAAGUCUGGAGGGUCCACUCUGCACCUGGAGGGGAGCCUGUGGUCUUGUUUCAAAGAGGAGCUGUAAGACUCCUGGACUCUCUGCUCUCCGCUCCACAGCAGCACAUCGAGGAAGUCCUUCCUCAGGAGGAGACGAUCCGGUGGAGCACUUACAUCGUGGCUGAGUCGCAGCAGUUUGUCAUCUUCACAACCGAACAGAAAGGGUGUAACUUCCUGUACCUGCAGAGACUGAAUCCUAACACCCUGCAGAGGUACCGGCUGGAGAGAGAGGAGCCCGGUCUGUCCCCGCUCAGCUUCUCCGCAUCCUACAGAGACAAACACCUCUGCCUGCUUUACCUCUACCCGAAUGGCCGAGUGUACCAGAGUGUGGUCUCUCUGCGAGGUCUGGGAGCCGAGGAGGCGGGCCAGGCUCUCCCGCUGCCCCGCAGCCUGCUGCUGGUGCUCCCCGUGGGUGAGGGCCUGCUGGAAGCAGCAUCCGCCCUGGUUCUGGAUGAAGUCCACAUAGCUGUCGUAGGGGUUCCACAUCCGUCUGCUGGAGCUGGUAACGACUUUCUCUGCAUCUGGAACACAAACUUCCAGACGCUUCAGGCCGGAAAAGAGAUGGCGGGUAAAAUCUACGGACAGAUUUGGAGUUUUUCCAACAAGUUAUUCAUCCCUCAUGGAAAGACUCUCUCUGUUAAUCCAUACGAGUGUCCCAAAUCUUCCCUGGCCUCGGCGCUUGGGAAACUGAGGCAGACUAAGAGUGAAGAAUCCAGAGCUGCAGCUUCUGUACCGUCGUGGAACAACCUCCUGCACGGGGACAAGGCUCAGCCCUCUAGAGCAGCAGAAACCAGGAAAACGAGAACGACCCGAAAAACUCAAUCAACUCCCAGUUCAACCACCGACCAAGUUCUGGAGCUCAUCAAGACGGCUGCAGCAGAAGAGGUGCAGAGAGAGGUGGACGGGCUCAUCUCCAGAUCAGACGUCCUGGAGCUGCAGCCCUCAGUGGGUCAGCUGGCAUCGUCCCUCGUGUCCCGGAGCCUGACUGAUCCAGCUUUUUACACCCCGAGCACCCUGGCUCAGCUGGUGCACACUCGCUCCCUCUGCCACAGUGUGUGUCCUGGUCUUGUGCUCCUGGCCCUGGAGAAGAAAGACUACUUCCUGUGUCAGCUCUGCAUGCAGUUCUUCCCCGAUAUCCCAGAAGCAAUCACCUGCGCCUGCCUCAAAGCUUUCAUCAGUCUGCCAGACGUGGAUGCAGAGAAGCUGAGCCUGGAGCCCGACAGCGUCUCCUUCAUGGAAACCCUGACGGCCGGGCAGCGUGGCCCGACGGGUCUGCAGAACGGGUUCAGCCCUACGUCCUGUGAUGAGGAGCGCACAGACCCCGUCGGUGGAGGAGGCACCAAAGAAGAAGACAAGGAGAAGUCAACCCCAGCAGAACAGAUCUGUCCUGUGGGACUACACAAAGCCGUCCUGCUAAACGAGGUCCUAAUGACGGCGUACAGCGACACUUUCCUUCUUCCACACCUAAAAGAUCUUUCCUCUCAGGAUGUUGUUCUGUUCCUCCAGUACCUGUCGUAUCUUUACGUGAAAUACUCCCAGGAUGCUUCUCCACAGAUGCACGGCUUGAGAUCUCCAAAUCAGUCUCAGAUCAUGGAUUGGGUUGGUUUGCUGUUGGACGCACAUUUCUUAGUGCUGGUGAUGACUCCAGAGGCUAAAGGCUUACUGCUGGACCUCCACCGCUUUGUGAAGUCUCAGGUGAGACUGGUGUUCGAGCUGGGAAAGAUCGAGGGCAGCCUGGAGGAGCUCAAUAAGAUGAAGGGGAAGAAGACGGACGUUGGACAAUACUCCAUCGAAGUUAUUGAGCUGUUUUAAAAUAUGUACAAAUUGUUUACUUUGAACAAAACAUUGAGCAUAGGUCCAAUUCCAACUUUUCACCUGUAAGGGUUUGAAAUUGUGUGCUUGUCCGACAUGGUGUGAAAAUUGAUGGCAUAGACGCUAUCAGGUUCAGCAGCGUUUAUGUUUAUCAAAAGGAUGGACUGAAAGUUGCAGAUGUCCCUGAACCUUAAUUUAAAGUUGUUAAAACAGGAAAAUAUGAGCUUUCAGAUGUUUUGCAUGAUGAAUUAAGAGUCUAUCAUUAUUAUGGAUUAAUAACUCUCGAAUGUGAGAGUGAACUGCUUGUUUUGUAUUCCACAACUAAAUAUUUGUAAAUCUGUCAGCUGUUAUUUUGUAAUGUUACAGUAAGGCUUUUUAAGUUGAAUAAAAAUACACAACUAUUACCAAAACCUAGAUCCA